AGCUAGGCAAGAUGGGGCGGGGGGAAAGGCGGCGGCCCCCGGCCGGCCCUCGUCCCUCCUCCCGGCCCUGGGGCCCCGUGGGGCGGCCAUGUCGGCGGGCAUCGGCCUCCGGCUCCUGCUCCUCGCCUGCCUGGCGUCCCGGCCGGCCCUCGGCCAGGGCUGCUCGGCGGAAAAAGAGGAGAACGCCAUCGUCGACAUCAGCUUCGCCCUCCCCGCAGGCAUCAGGGGAGCGGAGCCGGUGUACGCGUCGGCUCCGGAGGCGUGUAUGCGGGCUUGCUGCCUGGGAAAAGGGCUGCCAGGAGACAAGAAGUGUAACUUCAUGAUCUUUGAUGCUCGAGGGACAAAGACACAUCCAAACUGCUACCUGUUUUACUGCCCAAGCACAGAGGCCUGUCCAAUGAAACCUGCAACAGGAUUUGUUAGCUACAAAAUAGCUCGAGACACGUAUGCCCAGGAGGACACUUCCCUCAAAAAUGAGGACUUUCAUUUGAAUGAAUACUCUUUGCCAUUGGAUGCUGGAGCCUAUAUUUCUCACAGUCUGACUAGCCAUCAGAAUCAUACCACUGCUUUGCAGCAAUCUGUCUUUCAUCAAGCAUCUGAACUCCCAAACCACGUGGAUAAACAUUUAGACAAUAUUGAAUUUCAUACAGUUUUUCCUGAAUCACAAACGGCCAACAAUCUUGAGAGCUUAGACCCCAUCCCAAAGCAGAAAGAAAUUAAUCUGCCACCAAAUAUGUCUUCUAAUGUUCAAACUGGAAACCCCUCUGCUUUGUUCCCCAGCACUCAGUCUGGUGUUCCUGGACCCAGCAGUACUACCAUGUCUCCUCUGCCUACAGGUGUUACCAGAGUAGAAUCUCAUACAACUUCUCCACCUCCCGAUGGUGCUAAAUCUAGUGCUGUUACCAUAAGGGCUACCUUCAUGCAUACUGCAACUGCUAGAGUUGAACAUGGUGUUUCUGCCGCCAGCACUGCUGUUACUCAUGUUCCUUUUUCCAAUCCCACAAUUUCUGCUUCUACUUCCACAACCAAGCGGGUGACCUCAAAUUCCAGCCUAGCUACUGCCACAUCAAGGCGCAGAACUUCAGCCAUCCCUCCUGAGCCAACGCUUGUCUCUUCCAAUGAUACCAGCCACGUUACCCUCCUCUCUUUUUCAGACUUUGUCCCAUCUACUAGUGGUUCUCCCUUAGCUUCCCAAAACAACCAUCAGGAUUAUGACCCAUCUGAUUCAGAAAGUUACCUGUCAGAGAGUGCACUAAGAAGGAAAGGUGUCCUUCAGCUAGAAGACAAAAACAAACUUGUAGCAGCUUUGCUUUUUGGGGUGAUAUUCUUGCUACUAGUUAUUACAUUCAUGGGGAAGAAAAUGCAUGAAUCUCUUCAGAAGAGACAUUAUACCAGGCUGGAUUACUUGAUCAAUGGAAUGUAUGCUGAUGUAUGAUGGGGGAAGGGGAAUAGAUUUUUAGGAGCAUUUCUCAUCUUUGAGAGAACUACUUUGAGACUGAAUAGGAAAUAUUUAAAUCUUAGAGGAUGUAUUCUUUUUUUGGUCACUAAUGGGAAAGCAGCAGAUGGGUUUGGUGGGGAGAGAACUGCCAUAUUUAUGCUGAAAUAUAAUGUCUAUAAUUUGAUUUAUUACUAAAUUCUAAAAAUAAACACUCAAGUCCAAAUUAAGCAAAAAGGUUCUUACGUUUAAGGAGAAAAAAAAAAUUCAUGAGUACGUUCUGUGACUAGAAUAACAUAAGUAAACCUAGUAAACCUAAUAAAACGAGUAUCUGUCCAGUGCAUGAGCAUUUUCAAAUCUAUUUGCCCCCAGUUUAUUUUAUUAAUGUGUUACAGUUGCACAACACCAGACAAUUGUGUAUCUGACAUCCCAUUUAUUGUAUCUGGGCCUUAAAGGAGUACUUGGUAGCAGAGUUUUGCAUCCAAAUGGUUUUAAGUACAGAGUAAAAAUUGUAGUAUAUUUAACUUUCCUUAGCUGCAUUUAGUUUAUUGAUGCGUAUCCUGACUGCUUUUGUCUGCAUACAUCACAAGCUAUCCUUAAAACUGCAUGCUGCAAAUUUGAGUUUGCCUUUUCCAAAGAGUUCACCACCCUCCAGCACGCUGAGUUUUUUGCAGCAUGUGUCAAAAAAUCUUAUCAUAUAAAAUAAAUUGGAAAAAGGCAAGGGAUAAGCUUAAUGUAUGCACAGGAAAGAAUCUGUUCUGAUAUACCUAAGCCCAUAACAGCUGAGAUUCAAUGUCUGAUUUUAGAGCAGAUGGAAACUUGUGGGGGAACUGAGCAAAGACAACAGCUGGAUUAUUGGCAGAAGAUACAGAAAAGGUGUGGUCUCCCGUUUCUGAACAUCUACAGAGAUUGAAGGUAACUAAGAGAGUUCUAAAGGAAAACUAUGUUGUACAACCUCAGUGAUGUUUCCUAUAGUCACAGAAACAGAUGAACAAGCUUGCAUUAUUUUUCUGCUUCUAGCAUUUUACUUCCCUAACCAGGCUAGUGGCUCUCAAAAGAGCUGUUUGCAACACAGCCGGACUUUCUGUCCCUCUUGAACUUGUAGAGCUCUCACUGCUCUCAAAGUACACCUUUUUUUUACUUCUGGGGUCAUAUUCAUAUGACUGCUAAUAAGCACAGCUAAUCUGUAUUUCCUUGCCUCUGGAACAAGAGACAAGUGGGUAUCUGUGCACAUCUGAUGUGUGCUACACAACCUCCAGUUCAUAUUAUUCACUGCACUCACCCCCACCUCCCCAUCUAAAUCUGUUGUUAGAAUGAAAUGCUAGAUAUCAAAGUAUCUGUGUGGCAGGCGGCAUAACUACAAAUAUCAAGAUAGAGAGGGAAGGGUGCCUCCUGAAUACAAGGAAAUAAAUCUACUACAAAAUAUGAAAAGUGACUCACGUCCAAGAGGUUCUUAGAUCUGUCAAGCUUAGUGCAGUGGGAAGCAGGCAAGAUCCAAAAAUGCCCUUAAGGCAAGUUUUCUGAAAGCUCUAACAAUAACUUUAUGCAGAAAAUCCUCUGAAAUUUCUGUUAUUCAAAGAUCAAAGACAAGUCAGUGCUCCUUAUGUCAAGAAGUUGAAUUCUUACUAUAUGGAGGUUGCACAUUGCUUUGUAGGUACAAAAACAUCAGUCUUCUGCAUUGCUUACGUUUGAUAAUACCUAAGUUAAAAAAAAAAUCUGGAUAACCUCUUAAAAGUGAACAAAUUUUCAAAAGUAUCUCAAGUUCAUCGGCUUGUCUGUUGACUAUGGUUUGUUUAACUUCAGUUUCUUUGCUUUAUUUAUUUAUUUAUUUUUGUUAGGUAUUUUCAAAGGUUUGUGAUCAAGGAACAUGAUGAGGAAAAA